CGGCAUACAUUCGCGGAUGCUUAUCUUGUCAAACGAAUCGCAAUAUGGAUGCACCAAAGCCUCCAAUGCGAUCUAUCGAAGUCAACCAACCAGUCCAGUUUUGGUUAUUGAACGUUUUUGGACCCUUGCCAGUCAGUCGGUCAGAAAACAGGUGCAUCCUAGUAAUGAUUGACCAUUUCACUCGAUGAGUAGAAACCAUGCGGAGUAGGGAUCAAAUAAGUGAGACAGUGACACAGACAUUCGAACUCAAUGUACCCGCAAGAUAUGGAAUACCCCAGUGUGUAGUUGCUGACCAAGGACCCUGUUUUGAGUCAAUGGCGUUUCAGAGAGUAUUGGAAAAGUGGCACAUCCGGAGAUGACGCGCGUCACCGUACCAACCGCAGAUUAACGGGCUGACUGGACGGUUUAAUCGAACAAUGAACACGUGGAUAAACUGUACAAAGUUGCCGUGGGAGGAAGCAUUGCCUGGGGUACUUCUCGCGGAUAGAGCCAGCAAGCAAUCGACCACCAAAGUUGCGACAUUCGUGUUACGGUUUGCCAGACAACCAAGAAUUCCCUUUAAUACACUCAUAAUUAUUACGCAGAAAUGGGAGAUCCCAGCAACACAUCACGAACUUUUGGAAGCAACUGCAAGAAGAGAAACCAGGUCUCGACAAGCAAGGAACAAACGCAACUACGAUGCUAGGUACGCGACCGACAAGUGGAAGACAUACAGCGUAGGAGAACAAGUCACAAUACGGAAUCAGGAUCGCCCGGAACUUGGAGGGCCAGGAGCACGGAAGUUCAGGAAACCCUGGAAAGGCCCCUACGCUGCACUCGAUCGGAAAGGUGAGAACUUAAAGUUGACAACGGGGGGCCGCAACGCUUUAUUAAUGCCACCCUACUGCGGCCGUGGCACGCGAGAGAACAGCAACUUCGAGGAGAGGCGGGUGUAGGGAGGCGGAAGACAGUUGUUACCCGGAGGACAGAAAGACCACUAAAACGGGAGCGAACGGAAAGG